UAGGCGAUGUCAUGGCAACAUUGUGUAGCUAAGUUCAUGUGCAGAAACACGUUAUCGGGUCUAAUGGACGUUUCCCUCCGAACUGUGUAUGUGCAGGCCGUCAAAUCAAAUGCACUCUCACUGACUCCUCAAAACCCUGGUCUGCUGGGUCUGUUUGCAAGCGUUCCCGGAAGUCUCGCGAUGUUGCGCCUCUGGGUUUAGAAACUCAUUGGAUGCUCCUUUUACAAAGACUGGAUGUUACCCUCGCGGCGCUAGGACCCAACGGAUCUAGUCCUUGCAAGCGCACAUGGCCAUUGUAGAGUGUAGCGGCUCCGAUGUAAAAGAGUAUGCUGGUCUCGUGAAUCAGACUUCUUAUGUAGGCUAUCUCUCUCUGUUUUCUGUCGCACCCGCUUACUUCAAAUUUUUCAAACUCACUUAUCAAUGUCUUGGAGACAUCACUGCCAAGUCCUUGAGUGCAGCACGCAGGGAUUUCAGCAUGCUUGGAUGAAAAGUUUUUGACAGCUCCUCUUUCUUGGUCCCGCUAUUAGAAGUCAAUAAUUGUUCUUCCUCUGUUUCGGACCUGAUCCCACUCUACUGCUUGCAUCCCGCAUCCUGUCAAUCACUCGUGGACAGCAUAUUAUGGUCGUGUCCGUGCCAUAAUACAUCCCGAACGCAUUUAUUUCCUAAGUCGGGCAACAUGACUAACUGGCGUUGGAAGAACUUUGCAUUUCUAAUUAUUUUUCAUGUCUUGUCCAUGUCAACAGCAACGGGCAAUAUAGACAACACACUUCUGAAUUUACAUGACGGCAACAGCUUGGACCAGAGCGUGCUGCACAGUGCUGUCCCUAAGCCCCAAAGCUAUGACACCACGGUACCUCUCCUGCUAGAAGGGCGGGAGCGCAGACCACUCAGCCAGCUCAAGUCCAGGAGUCAUCCUGCUUCACUGAAGCUGGUGGUGGAGGCGGAAGGCGAACAACUGGUCCUGGCACUAGAAAAAAACGAGGGCCUGUUUGCGAGCCAUUACACUGAGACACAUUAUCUGGAGGAUGGCAGUGCAGUCACUGGAGCUCACAACUAUACGAAGAACUGCUACUACCAUGGAGAAGUGGAGGGCCACACUAAUUCUGACGUCACUCUCAGUACCUGCUCUGGCCUCCGGGGUUUCAUCUCUCUUGAAAAUAAGACCUUCAUCCUUGAGCCGUCGUUGUACCAGGACAAUAAUAAACACAUAAUCUACCGAGGGGAAAACCUCAACCUGUCCCCCGGAACCUGUGGUCAUGGCUUCAACAUGUCAUCUGUUACCCCUAACAACCAUCUGAGAAGCCCUUUCAGAACGUUCAGUACCAGGCACAAGAGGCACGCUCAGAAGACUACCAAAUACGUAGAGCUGAUCAUCGUUGCAGACAACAGAGAGUUUCAGAAACAGGGGAAGGACGUUGACAGGGUGAAGCAGAGACUGGCAGAAAUAGCCAAUUACGUGGACAAGUUCUAUAGGGUCCUGAACAUCCGUGUGGCCCUGGUGGGCCUGGAGGUGUGGAGCGACGCUGAUAAGUGUCCUGUCACUCAGGACCCCUUCAACACCCUGCAUGAGUUCCUAGACUGGAGGAAAGUCAAACUACUGCCUACGAAAUCACACGACAAUGCUCAGCUCAUCAGUGGGGUGUACUUCCAGGGUACCACCAUUGGCAUGGCCCCCAUCAUGAGCAUGUGUACAGUGGAGCAGUCUGGAGGCAUCGUCAUGGAUCAUUCGGAUAAUCCCCUGGGUGCGGCUGUGACUUUAGCACAUGAGCUGGGGCACAACUUUGGCAUGAACCACGACACUCCAGAGCGGGGGUGUGGCUGCAGGAUGACAGUGGACCGCGGGGGCUGUAUCAUGACCCCCUCCACUGGGUACCCAUUUCCUACAGUAUUCAGCACCUGCAGUAAAAAGGACCUGGCAGCCAGUCUGGAGAAGGGAGUGGGAAUGUGUCUGUACAACAUGCCUGAGGUCAAAGUGCUGUACGGGGGACAGAAGUGUGGCAAUGGAUACGUGGAGGAAGGAGAGGAGUGUGACUGUGGAGAACUGGAGGAAUGCAUGAACCCCUGCUGCAAUGCCACCACCUGCACCCUGAAGGGAGAUGCUGUGUGUGCCCACGGACAGUGCUGCGAGGACUGCAGGCUGAAACCUGCUGGCACACCGUGUCGAGAGUCCAGUAACUCCUGUGAUCUGCCAGAGUUCUGUACUGGUGCCAACCCCCACUGCCCUGCCAACGUGUACCUGCAUGACGGGCACUCCUGCCACAACGUGGACGGAUACUGCUACAACGGCAUCUGCCAGACUCACGAGCAGCAGUGCAUCACGCUAUGGGGACCAGGAGCCAAACCUGCCCCAGGGAUCUGCUUUGAGAGGGUCAACUCAGCAGGAGAUCCUUACGGGAACUGUGGGAAGGACUCCAAAGGAUCAUUUGCCAAAUGUGAAGCCCGAGACGCAAAGUGUGGCAAAAUUCAGUGUCAAGGAGGGGCCAACCGGCCUGUGAUUGGCACCAAUGCCGUCUCCAUAGAAACCAACAUCCCUCUUCAAGAAGGAGGGAGGAUCCUGUGUCGGGGGACCCACGUCUACCUGGGUGAUGACAUGCCCGACCCUGGACUGGUUCUGGCUGGCACCAAGUGUGGAGAGGGCAUGAUGUGUCUGAAUCGUCAGUGCCAGAAUGUCAGUGUGUUUGGAGUGCACCAGUGCUCAGGGAAGUGCAGCGGACGAGGGGUGUGUAACAACAAGGAGAACUGCCAUUGUGAGGUGCACUGGGCCCCUCCCUUCUGUGAGAGGGCGGGGUUUGGAGGCAGCCUCGACAGUGGACCAAUGAGAUUGGCAGAUGUGCGUGUGUGUGUAUUAAUAUGCGUGUUGUCGUAUGUGACGUCAGCCGACAGCAGGGUGGUUGCCGUGGCAAUCCUGGCCACCCUCCUCAGCCUGAUGGGCGCAGGGCUCCUGGUAUUCCUUAAGAGGAAGACUCUGGUCCGUCUGCUCUUCACCAACAAGAAAACCACCAUGGAGAAACUGAGAUCAGCUGGGUCGACCAGACCAGCCAGCCCCAGCCAGACUCAGUCCAUGUACAGUCCACGACGCAAGCCCCCAGCCAAGCCUCCAGGUACCAGCAUAUACAAGCCAUCACACCUGAGUUCGGAGCCUCUCCUCCCUCCACACAGUUUCCACUCCCACAGCUUGCGGCGGCUGCCCCACUACCAGCCCCUCCACAUCAGCCACCCUAUGCCUGUCUCCCUCAGUGUGGGUCAACAGCCCCUGCCACCAGUCCCACCCCACCACAAGGCUCUACCGGCCCACACCGCCCUCUCCCCACCACGGACACCGCCGUUCCACAGCCUUCCCCGACAGCAGCCCUACAGAAUGGACCAGGACUGCGAGAAACCCAGUCCGCCCCAGAAGCCCCUGCCUGCAGACCCUCUGGGAAGGAGUGCUCGGGUGGGACACAGCACCUCGGUGGUGGGGGUCCGCCUCCCUGGACCCAUCCCUAUCCCCAUCCCCACCGUGCCCAGACCCCUGCUCACCAUCCCACAACCAAACAGACCUGCACCCAUGCAACCACUGAGACUGCCAAAGACUCAUCAUUUCGACCGCUGAUCUCAAAGAAGUUGUGAUGGAAUGGAAUAAUGGAGAGCUCUAUGGAUGGAGACCCAUAUUUGCACUACAAGAAUACCAGACCUUUGCAACUUUGAAAGUGUCUCAGAGUUUUAGGGAAAGGGGACUGACUUCAAACCUUGGUGCUGUGCCUCUGCUUUUGUUGUCCUCGCUCAGGUACAAAUGAACUAUUUAAUGUCUAUAUUUAUUAUUUCUGUGUGCACAGUGCACUCUGGUAGACACUAUUGACAGAAGCAUAUUCAGACUUGGAUCGCUGUUGGUGAUUAUUUUUUUACCCCCAGCAAAAUCAGAAGAACAGUUUGCCAUAUAAUGGAGGGAAUGUUUUUUUUUUACAUAUAUAUAUACAGUUAAGGAGAGACAUAAAAGGCCAUGGUUGUUUUAUCCUGUGAAGUUCCUAGAAUAAUUGAAGAGAGAAAGACAGAUUGGGUUCAAGUUAAAGGGAAACAGAGCACUGCAUGGAACACUUUAUGAGAGUAACUUGUAACUCACUAAGCAGCAGUGUUAGGGACUGGGAGUUUUUGUUCAGUUUAUCAUUAAUAAGAACUGCUUUUACAUUCCAAGACAUCCACUCACUUCAUAAUCAGAAACGGUGUUGGACUUUGGGCUGACAUGUUGGACAUAUCAAUUGAGGUGUGUUUCGACUAAUCCAAUUCGGUGCAAAAGCAAGGGAAUUGUUCAGAAUAGACACGUACUUGAGAAUUGACUGUUACGUGAUCUUCAUCCAUAAAAAUCUUUAUUCAUAUAUACCCUCAUAUUUUAAUUGGCAGGGUAUUGGACCCAAUUAGAGAACUACCCCAAAGAACAGUAUCUCUAACCUUGUAAUGUUUCUCCACUGGCAAACUUGAACAUGUUUACAAACUGACAAAUGGUGUUGGGCUCUUACAUACCCUUAUUAGUUCAUGUUAGGACCACACACUUGAAGGAUAUGCUGUAUUCACCGCUUUCCUAAAUAAUCAACUCUCUUACACACAGCUUGGAGUAUUUGCUGGCAGUUGUGCAAUACGUAAUGCUCCCAGCGGAGCGAGGAGUCUGAUAUGACCUGACACUGCUGGGUUUAGAGAAUUACAGCAACACCAAAUAAUGCAAUAUAACUGGGCUUAAUGGAGGAACGUGCUAUAUGAACUAACAUUUUAACUCACUUGAUACUGUAGGGUCAGGAUGACUUCAGUUUUGUGAACAGUCCAAACCCAACCUAGAUGGUGUCUGAUGUUCUAUUCAUUUCUGUAUUUUCAAAGUUCACUCAGACAAAAGUAUGGCCAUGUGGUGUGGUUUACGAGGUAAUUUCCAGUACUUGACCUCAUAUUUAUCACUAUUCAUUUGAUAUUGGAGCUCGGUGUCAUACAUUGGCACGCAACUCUCCUUGAGGUUUUCAAGACUCCCAUUAAGUUUAAUUUGUCCUUUGAAAUGUUAGUCUAUUACAGGAAAUACUCCCAAUACCUGUAUUGAAUGUCGAGUUCUUGUCCCUUUCAACUUUACCAACAAUUUGUGGACUUUUAGAUUUCCAGUACAUUAAAAUGUCCAAAUGAAAGUAGAGACUGGGUGCAUAACGUCUUGGUCACAAUAUGUUUCAUUAAACAUAGCUUUGAUGAAUGCUGAGUAAGAGUGUUCAUCAUACUGUUCAGUCCUCUGGCAUGGCACAGGAUGUGUGUGUGUGUGCGUGCGUGCGUGCGUGCGUGCAUGUAUGUAUGUUAGCACGCUUUCCAUAUGCAGUUAUGGCCUCACUCUCAUAACUACUCAUAUGGUUAUUUCAACAGGAGGGAACUUUUACACGUAAAAGCAGUCAGUACAGCAGUAAAACAGGGGCACAUGUGGUUGCAUUAUUGUAGGUGUAAAACUAAAUAUCAAACCUGGUCUGCAAUGUACUGGGUCAUCACCAAAGUACUGAUGUGCUUUAGUUAAAUGGAUGCAUAUGUGUGGUGUGUGUAUGCAUAUGAAAUGUAUGUCUUGUCGCUUAAUAUUGUGGAAUGCACUAGCACUACUUACAUUGGACUUGCAUCAGAAGUUCAUUGCAUAGUUGCAUUUACACUUUUAGUAAUCACUGUAUGUGUUACAGUUUUACAGAUUUAGAUAUACUGCUAUCUGAUGUCAGCAUUUGUCCGUUUUGGCAGAUCUUCAGAUCUGUUCAUCAUCUGUGUAAAAGUUGCUUUUUACAAAUGUACUGUAUUUUUUUUGUAUAACUAUUACAUUUUCAAAUGAAUAGCCAUUGUACAGUUAGUGUAAAUAUAGUAUCUUUCAGCAAUCAUGUUUCUUUUCUUUUAUGCUUUUUUUUUUUUACAAGAGCAGUGAGAACCUCAAUAAAGUGAUGGUUUCUCCUGUUCAAUAAAACAUGUUUGUUUCAUUAAACUCCUUAAGGAAUGAGGAUUAUGGUAAAAAGCUGGGAUUCUGGGAUAAUUGGAGUCCUUGAACAUUGAGAUUGCAGAGUCAAAUAAAUGAGGUUUCUCUUAUGCUGUU